CAGGCCCCGGCCAGCGUGCGCUGGAGUGAGGGCGGAAAUGGCGUCAAUGGCCGGGGUGGGGGGACGAGGAAGAGAAGGCUUGGUGCUUUUGGCGUGUGGGGCGCUGGAGGGAUUGGAGGAUGGUGCUGAUCAAAGAGUUCCGGGUAGUCCUGCCUUGCUCUGUAGAGGAGUAUCAGGUAGGGCAGUUAUUCUCUGUGGCCGAGGCCAGCAAGAACAAUACAGGUGGCGGCGAGGGAAUUGAGGUGCUCACAAAUGAACCCUACGAGCGUGAGGGGGAGAGGGGCCAGUACACCCACAAGAUCUACCAUCUCCAGAGCAAGGUUCCUGGAUUCAUUAAGAUGUUUGCCCCUGAGGGGUCACUAGUUGUUCAUGAGAGAGCCUGGAAUGCCUAUCCCUAUUGUCGAACUGUUAUUACGAAUGAAUACAUGAAGGAUGACUUCUUCAUCAAAAUUGAAACGUGGCACAAACCAGACCUAGGUGACCAAGACAACGUCCAUGGACUCGAUGCUGAGACCUGGAAGGAUGUUGAAGUUGUUCAUAUAGACAUUGGAGACCGGACGCAAGUGUCGGAUGAUGAUUACAAGCCGGAUGAAGACCCAGCUCUCUUCAAAUCGCCGAAGACAGGAAGAGGCCCUCUUGGUCCUGACUGGAAGCGGGAACUAGCCAAUAAUGAAGAUUGCCCCCAUAUGUGUGCCUAUAAACUUGUCACGGUGAAGUUCCGCUGGUGGGGCCUUCAGGGUCGAGUGGAAAAAUCUAUCCAGAAGCAAGAAAGGCGCCUCUUCACCAACUUCCACAGGCAGCUAUUUUGCUGGUUGGAUAAGUGGGUGGAUUUAAGCAUGGCGGACAUCCGGCGAAUGGAGGAAGAGACACAAAGGGAACUUGAUGAGAUGCGCCAGAAAGGCACUGUGAGAGGAAUGACGGCCGGGGAUGAGUGAGCGCCCCCUGCUGCAUGGGCCAAGAAGCGACAAGGUGCAGUGCCCUUUCUGACCUGAGAUUGGACCUAUCUUUAUGGGACUCCGCUCUCUCUUUCCCCCAGCCACCUUGGGAGGGGAAAAUGGGGUUCCCAUUUCUUUCCGUCCGACUGGUCUGAACAGUAUUCAAAAGCCACCCCUGCUUCUGCCAGCAUGGGGAAAUCCCAUGGAACUGCCGUUUUACUUUUUACUGAUUAUGGAUUAAUAGGUGCCCCAGACACACAACUAGUGGGGUAUGAAAUGGGGAGGCAAGGACCUUUUUGGGGUGGGGGGGAGUCUCUCUCUCUUAUUUUUACUCUGCCGGGGCAGGGGUGCAUGAUUAUUAUUAAUAAUAUUAAUAUUCUGAAUCAUGUUUCGGUCGGGGGUGGGAGGGGCCUUUCUAUAGGCAGGGGAAAGGAGGAUUGGGAAUGUUUAAACGUUUUGAUGGGGAAUGGGGUGAGAGAACAAGUUUAACAUUUUAUUCUUAGGAGUACAAUUUUGCCUUCACUACAGAAGUCUAGAGAUCACUUUUUAAGGAAAAAAGUAAAAGCAGUUUACUCUGGUUCCAAAGCACAUUCCUCUUCCAAAAUGGCAGGGAAAGUGGCAAGGGUGGCAGUUUCCUCCUUGGGUUCUUCCUGUGACACAGUUUGACAUUAUAAAACAUGCCCCUAAUUGACUAAAAAAAAAAGCGGUGGAGCCUUUCUGCCCCAUUUAUUAGAAGUGAUUUCUUGUGCCUCCUUAAUGGCAGCAGCUCUACUCCUAAGGCUUAAGAAUCUGACAACUUCUCCCUGCCUCCCUCACCUUAUCCCGGCCGUAGAGGAAGGAGGGCAGGUAGUUCUUCUUCCAUUUGGGAGAGGCACUCAAAAGCAUUGGAGCCGCCCUCUGGGACUUUAAGAGAGGCAGCAGGGGAGACUUCAAGGCCCAGUGGUGCAUUGCUAAGGAUCUGAACAGUAUUUUUUUUAAAUAAGAAGAAACAAAACUCUGACAUCAUUUUUUAAAAAAGUAAAAUAAACAAACUUGAAGUUGA